CGUCAUUGGCCGCUUCGUAUUUGCUGGAGCUCGUAUUAAACAUCUCUAGCCGCUCAAGGGCCUAUCCCCACAAAAGAUGUUGGUCCUGUUGCUUCGGCCCAAUUAACGCAUUCGCCAGCCUUCAAACAGGAGGGAGUCUGUUGGCUCUGGUAUCUGUUAGAAGGCCUGCUUCAGGUUGAUCACCCUAGCCGAUGCGUGCGUACCCGCCUUUAUCCGCUCGUUGUGAGUGGUGGUGUACAGCCAGGAUCCCCAAACGCCGCUGAUGCUCGUUUUCAAGCUUUUACGGAGUACACGCCAACAGGCCAUGUAUAAGUAUACGAGAGUAAGACCACAUGGUGACCCACUUCUCUUUUCUUGGCAUUUUUCUUUGUCUUUCUCUUCGUUUAUCCCGGAUCCCGGAAGUUCUCCAGCACACACCUCCCUCCGCUUCAUCCAAACAUCCACCUUCAAUAUGGAGCGUCACCCGGGCUGGGCCAAAACUCAAACUCCGAUAUUGCGGUCUCCGAUAUUCCGAAGGCUUGCCACAGUUAUUGCAGCCCUCGCUUGCAUUUGUACCACUUUCGCUGUGUUCCAAGCCUUCGCAUCGUCCGAGCUCCGCCUUACUUACGGAGCCAAGCCCACACCACAGCCCGAGGUCCCUGGUGAUCCUCGGACCAAGGCACAAAAGACAUGGAAGGAAAUACACGCCAAAUAUGACCAUCUCGACGAUACCAAGUUCACCGUCGCUUUGCAAACAUAUCGUCGUCCAAAAGAACUCAACAAGACCCUCCACGCGCUGUUAGACGAAAAGAUACCGUCUCUGCUCGAAAUCGUCGUCAUUUGGAACGACUUGGAGGCAACACCACCCGACGAUUAUACAUCUCCCCUCGGAACCCCCGUACGCUACAGGGCUUCCACUCGCAACAGCUUGAACGAGAAGCUUCUACCCGACUCGAGUUUCCGUACCCAGGCUAUUCUACUGUCCGAUGACGAUGUCUACUAUCACCCGCACGAUCUGGAAUAUGUGUUCCAAUCGUGGCGCCAGUUCGGCCGAAAUAAGUUGACUGGCGCCAUGGCUCGUUGUCCGAAGAAGGAUGCGAAAGGGAAAUGGUGGUACAAACUAUGUUCGAAUCGCGACGAGAACAGCUCCUACUCGAUGAUCAUCACCAAUCUCGCCAUGACACACAUCUCAUUCCUCGACUACUACUCCUCGGAUGAUCCAGUGAUGAAAAAGAUUCGAGAUUAUGUGGAUGAGAAGUUUAACUGCGAGGAUAUCGCGAUGAACUUUAUGCAGUCAUACCUCACCGGUGAAGGGCAUCUGCAAGUUCAAGGUCGAAAGCAAUACGUCAACUUCACACCAUCUGUAGGUAUCAGUAUGAAGAAGGGGCAUAUAACCGCGCGAAGCAAGUGCAUGAAUGACUUUGUGGCCUUUUUCAAGACCAUGCCGUUGGUGGAAGAAGUGGGUUAUCUGAAGCGUGGCGUUUUGGCAUUGUAAAUUAAGUGUAGGGUAAUGGAAUGUAGGUUAGACGAUGUAUAUCCGAUUGACAUGAAAGGUGGUGUUGGAUUAUUAUAGAAGCUCUUUUUUUUAUGCAAAUAUAUGGAACAGUUACUACCUAUUUCCACUGGCUUAGCAAGCAGCUUCGAGUUGAGUCUACGUAGCAUAGAAAGGCAUACUAUGCUACUACAAACGGUCUCAAUCUAAC